AUGGUGCACGGCGCCACAUCUUCGACAGCGUCGUCGACUGACGUCGAGAAUACAAUCAAUGGGUCUCGUCUAGGUAUCACGAACCUCGCUCGGCAGAUCACUGCAACCUCUGCCAAGCUAGGUCACCAUGACGAGAACAAUGCCGUGGCGCCCAUCAAAGAUAGCAAACUUGAUCCAUUUUCAUCUAAUUUCGACAGCUAUCUAUGGAUCAAAGCUUUGAGACAGCUAUUUGAAAAUGAAUCGGACGCGUUGCCUCCGAGAAGGACCGGAGCUGCUUUUCGCAGGCUCAGUGUCUAUGGUCAUGGCACAGGAGCGCGUUAUCAGCAGUCCACCGGCAACAUCAUUCCAAGUAUCGCGUCUUCGGUUAUGGGCCGAAUCACGGGUCGUGGAGUCAAGCGGGUAGACAUUCUGCGUGACUUCGAAGGUGUUGUCCACCCUGGCGAGAUGCUGCUUGUCUUGGGCCCACCAGGCUCUGGUUGCUCAACCUUUUUGAAGACUCUCUCUGGCCGCACCGAAGGCCUCAACCUUACCGAUGAUUCUUACAUCAACUUCAGGGGUAUCGCGUCUACUCAUAUGCACGGUUGGUUCCGUGGCGAUGUUCUCUACAAUGCCGAGGUGGACGUCCACCUAGCUCCUCUCACGGUUGGCGACACCCUGAAGUUCGCGUCAAUGGCUCGGGUUCCGAACAAAGUCCCUGGUGGCUUCUCUAAAGCCGAAUUUGCCCGCGCUUACAGAGACGCUAUCAUGGCCGUGUUUGGCAUCACCCAUACAAUGAAUACCAAAGUUGGCGAUGACUUCAUUCGCGGAGUUUCUGGCGGCGAGCGUAAGAGAGUCAGCAUUGCCGAGGCCACCUUGACCGGGGCCAAGUUUCAAUGUUGGGACAACAGUACUCGUGGACUAGACAGCGGCAACGCCAUCUCGUUCUGUAAGACGCUCAGGGCACAGGCAGACUUGAUGGAUGUUGCGGCUGUCGUGGCUAUUUACCAAGCCCCCCAGUCAGCCUAUGAUACAUUCGACAAAGUGACUGUUCUCUAUGAAGGACGACAGAUCUAUUUCGGCAAGGCAGAGAACGCCAAGGCGUACUUUGAAGAUCUUGGUUUUGACUGUCCUGACCGCCAAACUACCGCCGACUUUCUCACUUCUAUGACGUCCCCCCACGAGCGCCGUGUACGCCCGGGCUGCGAGGCUACAGCCCCUCGCACCGCUGAUGAAUUCGCCGCUCGAUGGAAGGCCUCGGCCGAACACGCCGCUUUGGUUGAGGAACUCGACUCAUACGAGAGAGAAAAUCCCACCAAAGAACGUUUCGACGAGUUUGUUACCAGCCGCAAGGCGGAGAGAAGCCCCGUCCAACGCCUCAAAUCUCCCUACCAUCUUUCCUUCUUGCAGCAAGUCAACCUCUGCAUUUGGCGUGGUUAUAAAAGAAUCCUCGCUGACCCUGCCUUUGUCAUCGCCUCUGUCGGUUUUAAUACCAUCAUGGGCCUCGUACUUGGAAGUGGUUUCUACAACAUGCCCGAAAAUACGGACAGCUUUUAUGCCCGCGGCGCCAUUCUCUUCUUUACUCUUCUGUUCAACGCUUUCGCUGGCGAACUCGAGGUUCUUACACUUUACAUCCAGCGACCUGUUGUCGAGAAGCACAACCGCUACGCAUUCUACCACCAAUCCGCCGAAGCUAUUGCCAACUACAUCACUGAUAUCCCCGCCAAGAUCAUCUAUGCCAUCUUACUCAACAUGAUAGUCUACUUCCUUUCAAACCUGCGACGUACAGCUGGCGCCUUCUUCUUUUUCUUGUUCAUCAACUACUUUCUCACACUCACCAUCUCGGCGCUGUACCGGACGAUUGCGUGCGUCACACGGACAGCUCAUCAAGCCUUGGUUCCCGUAUGCUUGCUUACCAUUGGACUCAUGCUAUACACCGGAUUUUCCAUCCCCACAGAUUACAUGCCCGGCUGGUCGCGAUGGAUGGGUUAUGUUAACCCGCUCAGCUAUGUUUUCGAGGCUUUAAUGGCUAACGAGUUUUCCGGCCGGGAAUUCCCUUGCACAUCUAUCGUUCCAGUUGGGCCAGGCUACACCGAUCUGUCCAUGGCUGAUCGCAUCUGCACGGUUGUUGGCGCGGUGGCUGGACAGCCGUUUGUCAGUGGCGACCGGUACAUCGAGCUCAGCUAUGGCUUUUAUAACUCGCACAAGUGGAGGAACGUCGGCAUUCUGUUCGCUUUCUUGGUUGCUUAUGUGAUUGCUUACAUUGUUGCCGCCGAGUUUGCCAAGCCUCCGGCAGCCAAAGGAGAAGUCCUCAUGUUCCGCCGUGGCAAAGUUCCUGACUCGUAUGAGAAAUCGGCCAGAGACGAUAUUGAGACUCAGCAAGUGGCACGCGUUAUCGAUGAAAAGCCUACUGGUUCCUCGCCGGUGGUGGAACAGGAGAAGAACAGCCGUCCCUCUCCUAGCACCUGCGGGAAACCUGUGUUCCACUGGGAGAACCUGAGCUAUGAGGUCAAGGUUCAGAAUGAUACCCUUCGGAUCUUGAACAAUGUAGAUGGCUGGGUCCAGCCAGGUGUUACAACUGCUUUAAUGGGCGCGUCUGGUGCUGGUAAAACCACACUCCUGGAUGCCCUUGCAACCCGCCUGACAGUUGGUGUCCUUACUGGAGACACGCUGGUCAACGGCAAGGCGACUGAUGACUCUUUCUCUCACCGCGUUGGAUAUGCUCAACAACAAGACCUCCACCUCAACACCACCACAGUCAGAGAAGCUCUCGAGUUUAGUGCGUUGCUCAGACAGAGCGCUGAGAUUUCACGUGCCGAGAAAUUAGCAUUUGUGGACGAGGUCAUCAAGAUCCUGGAAAUGGAGAGCUUUGCCGAUGCCGUCAUUGGCGUCCCUGGAGAAGGUUUGAACGUGGAGCAACGUAAACGGUUAACCAUUGGUGUCGAAUUGGCUGCCCGCCCUCAGCUGCUGGUCUUCCUUGACGAGCCAACUUCUGGAUUGGACUCCCAAACGUCAUGGGCCAUUUGUGACCUGAUUGAAAGGCUUGCAAAGAGUGGUCAAGCUGUUCUUUGCACCAUCCAUCAGCCAUCAGCGAUGCUGUUCUCUCGUUUCGACAGGCUGCUUCUGCUCCAACCCGGCGGGAGAACGGUAUACUUUGGCGAAAUCGGACCAAACUCCCAGACCAUGAUUGAGUAUUUUGAGCGUAACGGAGCAUCCCCGUGUCCGCCAGAGGUCAACCCUGCAGAAUGGAUGCUCAAGUCAACAUUGCCUUCUUCUGACGGCCCAGACUGGUUUGAGACGUGGAAGGCCUCCCCUGAGUACCAGGAAGUCAAGGCUGAACUGGGUCGUCUACGCGAAGGCAAAGCUGUCGUCACUCUUGAUGGCGAUUUCGACUCGCAGCACAAGGAAUUCGUUGCUUCUUUCGCCACCCAGUUCAGGAUUGUCCUUCAGCGUACUUUCAGGCACUUCUGGAGGUCGCCUACGUAUCUGUGGUCCAAGAUUUCCGUCACUAUUUUCUUCGCUCUCUUCCUCGGUUUCAGUUUCCGGGGUUCUGACCGCAGCAUGCAAGGUGUGCAGAACCAGCUGUACGCAUUCUUCAUCGCUUUCCUCAUCCAGAACCCGUACACCAAGCAAAUCAUGUCAUUCUUCGUCCCCCAACGCGCCAUCUACGAAGUCCGCGAGCGUCCGUCAAAAAUCUACCGCUGGGACGUCUUCAUGCUCACCCAAAUCUUCGUGGAGCUUGUUUGGAAUACGCUGUGUUCUGUCGCUUUUUACUUCUGCUGGUACUACCCGGUCGGCUUCCAGAACAACACUACUGACGACACAACAAUUCGCGGCUUCCUUGCCUUCCUCUUCAUCUGGCAACUCAUCCAGUGGGCUUCGACGAUAUCGCAGGCUAUUAUUGCCCCUCUUGCAGCGCCUGAUCUCGCCGGUGUAGUGGUUAACCUCCUUGCACUCCUGACGAUGGCCUUUUGCGGUAUCGGUAUCAGACGCGACCAGAUGCCAGCUAUCUGGUCCGACUUUAUGUAUUGGGUGUCGCCCAUGACAUACCUCGCCUCUGGCGCGCUCUCAACCGGUCUCCACGGCGUCCCAAUUGAGUGUGCUGCUCGCGAGAUAGUGCAUAUCCCGGCUCAGGAAAACAUGACCUGCCCGGACUUUUUGGGAGUAUUCGUGCAGAUUGCAGGCGGCAGGCUGGUGGAGAUACCCGACGCGAAUGCAUGUGGUUGGUGUCCUUCGUACAUGACGGACGACUUGUUGGCUGUUUUCAACGUCGACUACGGUAACAGAUGGAGGAAUUUUGGUCUUAUGUGGCUGUACAUCAUCUUUAAUAUUGGCGCUGGCCUUGGCUUAUACUGGCUGGCAAGGGUGCCCAAGAAGCAGGGCUUGAAACGGACUUGA